AUGUGCGAAAUAGCCGAGGAGGACUCGGAGAUACAAGUACCUGACUACCAUACGUCUCUCCCACAUCGGCCGUUCGCUCUUGCUCGCCUUGCUGCACGCCUGCCAUCUUCAACUGAUACAAUAUCCCCCGGCCGCCUUUUCACCACCUCUACCCGCCUUGACACUACCUGCUACCCCCGUGUAAGCCCUCAAAACAGCCUGCAGCCAGCCUCCACUAUGCCUCCACCACCCGCAAAGCGCAAGUGGCCCCGUCGUAACGGCGGCGAGCGCUCCAACGGCAGCGCCACGCCCACGGCGCCCAUGACACCCCGUACAGCACUUGGCCAACAUCCAAAACGGCCCAAGGUCGAAGAUGCACCUCCCACCUCCGCCAGUCCUGUCGAUGUAAAGCAGAUGUACAGCACUGCGGCGGGCGACGCCGCACCCAAGCCCUUCUCCGACCUCAAGGACCGUCUGGACAAAAGCCUGCUCGAUGGCCUUGACAAAAUGGGCUUCCAGUACAUGUCGCCCGUCCAGCAAAAGGUGCUGACAGAGCUGCCUUCGUUGUCGUCCGACUGUGUAGUACAGGCAAAGACGGGCACGGGCAAGACUGUCGCCUUCCUUCUACCCGCGAUUCAAAAUCUCCUGGCUGGUAACAUGCCCCCACGGGGCAAAGUCGCCAUUCUUAUCGUCUGCCCGACGCGAGAGCUGGCGCUACAGAUAGCAAAGGAGGUCAAUGGCGUCACCGCCUGCCUACCCCACAAGAUGGAAUGUCACACGGCCUUUGGCGGUACUCGGCGCGUGUCCAGCCUCAGGGCUUUCCUCAAUAACAACCCGACCGUGCUGGUGGCUACGCCUGGCCGCCUCGAUGACAUCCUUGGCGAGGAAUCGGUGCGCGAAAAAUUUACUCAUCUUAAGACUGUCGUUCUGGACGAAGCCGACCAGAUGCUCGACGCUGGUUUCGCGCCUGCCGUCAGGAAGAUACUGAAGCGUAUCCCGCCCAAAAGCGACGGAUGGCAGGGCAUGUGUUUCUCGGCCACUCUCCCUGAAGAGGUGCUUAGCAUUGCCAAGAUUGUGCUGUUCCCCGGCUUCACACACCUAUCUACUGUGGAUCCUUACGAGGCGCUGACACACGAACGCGUAAUUCAGUUCUCCGUCAUUAUUCCCACCAUUAACCAAACCUUUGCAGCACUCUCGGCGUUGAUUGAAGAAGAAUACAACCAGGACCCUACCGACUUCAAGGCCAUUGUCUUUGGCACUACAGCGAACGGUGUUGGACUACUCUAUGACUUGUUUAGGCAUGCUCUGCCGCAGUUUCGUUCGUUUGAGCUGCACAGUCGUAUGUCCCAACCAGCACGGACACGGACAACAAAAGAAUUCAAGGAGGCUCGAAGUGGAAUCCUGUUCGCUUCCGAUGUUGUUGGUCGUGGCAUGGACUUUCCCAACGUGGGGUUGGUCAUUCAGCUGGGCCUUCCAACGAGCACCAAUCAGUACGUCCAUCGUGUUGGACGGACCGCCCGUGCUGGUAAAGAUGGACGUGCAGUUAUCAUUCUCUAUGAGCAAGAAUCCUUCUUUCCAAGGAUCAGCAAGACUUUACCUAUCAAGCCAUAUCCUGUCGAUAUUGUAUCGCGUCUUCCCAAACAUGAAGCGGAAAUCACUCGCGCCUUCACGAACGUGGAUGAGACUGCAAAGUCCAAGGCUUACCAAGCGUUCCUUGGAUAUAACAAGACUUUCCUCAAGAAGCUGGAACUAACCUCAGUACAGCUUGUACGCCUGGCAAACGAAUAUGCAAGGACAAUGGGCUGCCCCGAACCACCGAUGAUUGAGAAAUCCACGAUUGGCAAGAUGGGGCUGAAGGGCGUCCCGGGUCUCAGGAUUGGGUCGCGCCAUGAUUAG